GACCGGCUCGGCAAGCUACGCACUUCACCAACACAGUCAAUGAGCUCAGGCUGAUUUCAGUGACAGAAGAAAGAAGUUUGGGGGAUUUGUGUGUUUUUAAUGAUUUAGGAAACAACAGAUCUUUUCUUUUUGUCGUUGUAUAUCGAUAUUUAACUUCAAGACAUGAUCUUCAAUGCAAUCAGCAGAUCUCGUGCCGCUUUUGGUACUUUUGUAGGCCAGUUGCAGAGAUCUGCACUAAAUUCAGCAGGCAGGAGGAAGUUGUGCAGUAAACCACAUGAAGAGGCAUGUGUGGCAACCCCAGCACAGAGACCAGGGUUCAAAAUGCCCGGCUACCGGCCGUCCGAGACGGACAAGAAGAUUCUUGUGUGGUCUGGACGCUUCAAAUCCAAGGAGCAGAUCCCAGAGCUUGUGUCAUUUGAGAUGAUUGAUGCAGCCAGGAACAGACUGCGUGUUAAAGCCUGCUAUGCCAUGAUCGUCCUGACUAUUGGAGGCUGCAUCUGCAUGGUCAUCCUGGGAAAACAAGCUGCAAGUCGCCAUGACAACCUGACCAGCAGGAACAUGGAGAAAAAGGCUCGGUUGAGAGAAGAGGCACAGAAGGAACUAGAACUGGCAGCAUCUCUGGCUGAGAAAAAAACACAAUGAGGCUUGGAGCUUCCAUCCCAAACCAGGAACACGAAAAUGUUGUCACAUGUUCACAAUUUAAACAGUAAUCACUCAUCCUGGUACCACGAUCACGUUCCUGCACUUUUAAAUACAUUUCUGGAUUAUUUCAAAAAUAUUGAUCAUCUGUUUUUGUUAAUAUACAGGGUGUUUCAAAAAUAUAUAUAUAUAUAUAUAUAUAUAUAUAUAUAUAUAUAAUAUAAUUUCACAAUCUAAUAACUUUGGCAAUUCUCAUACAGUCGACCUCAAAUUUUAACAGCAUGUGUGGAAACAGGUCAAAAUUUUAUGUUUAAUGGUUUUUGUUUUUAUCUUUUUAGGUAUAGAUAUGCCAUUCACUGGACAAGAAAAGGCGUUUUGUGUGUUAGAGUACGCUCGAACACAGUCAAACGAGACUGUGCAGCGUGCAUUUAUGAGAGAAUUCUCUAAAAAUGCACCAACUGUAAUGCAGAUUUGGACUCAAAGAGGAAGGCUGUGUGUGUCUGUGUCUCAGGCGGCGCGAAUAUUGAAAAUUUGUGAAAUCGUUCAUGGAAUCCACACACCUUUUGAAUUUCUCAUUCAAAUUUUGAGGAAUAAAUUUUAUAUUGCUCAACAUUAA